AUGGCGCCCCUCGUGGCCGACGACAUGAGAGUCCUGGGUCAGGACCCUCUCAUCCCACCAGCAUUGCUCAUCUCCGAGAUCCCCAUGACCGAUGCUUCAUUGCAGACUGUCGUCAAGGGCCGCAGAGACGCCGUUGCCAUCAUCAUGGGCCGCAAUGACCGUCUCUUGGUUGUCGUGGGUCCCUGCUCCAUCCAUGACCCGGCCAUGGCCCACGAGUACGCUCAGCGCCUCCAUGAGCUGUCGGAGAAGCUGUCGGACGAUUUAUGUAUCAUCAUGCGUGCUUACCUCGAGAAGCCGCGGACCACUGUCGGCUGGAAAGGUCUCAUUAACGACCCCGAUAUCGACAAUAGCUUCAAGAUCAACAAGGGCCUCCGCUUGUCACGGCAGAUGUUCAGCGAUCUGACCAAUUCGGGUAUCCCUAUCGCCAGCGAGAUGCUAGAUACCAUAUCCCCUCAGUUCCUAGCGGACUUCAUCUCCGUCGGAGCCAUUGGCGCCCGCACCACGGAAUCUCAGCUACACCGUGAGUUGGCCUCGGGCCUCUCUUUUCCCAUCGGCUUCAAGAACGGCACCGACGGGAACCUGGGUGUUGCCAUUGAUGCCAUCGGAGCCGCAGCUUCCAAGCAUCACUUCAUGGGCGUGACCAAGCAAGGACUGGCGGCCAUCACGAGGACCAAGGGCAACGAACACGGGUUCGUCAUCCUCAGGGGCGGCACCAAGGGCCCCAACUACGACAAGGAGAGUAUCCAGGCCGCCAAAGACACAUUGACGAGGAAGGGGCAGAAGAUGGCCAUCAUGGUCGACUGUUCGCACGGAAAUUCCAACAAGGACCACCGGAACCAACCCAAGGUUGCUAGGGUCGUCGGCGACCAGGUGAGGGAGGGCGAAAAGGCCAUCAUCGGCCUUAUGAUCGAGUCCAACAUCAAUGAGGGAAACCAAAAGGUUCCUCUCGAGGGCCCAUCUGGCCUGAGGAAGGGUGUGAGCAUCACAGAUGCCUGCAUCGACUGGGUGACGACCGUUGAGGUCCUCGAAGACCUGGCAGCGGCGGUCCGGGCACGAAGGGAGAAGAAUGGAGUGCCCAAUACUAACAACGCAGAGCCCAAGGCAACUCUCAUCGAGGAAGAGUAG